GGUUAAUCCUCCGCCUGCGGCGCUGGCAUCCCAUAUGGGUGCCAGGUUCUAGUCCCGAUUGCUCCUCUUCCAGUCCAGCUCUCUGCUGUGGCCUGGGAGGGCAGUGGAGGAUGGCCCAGGUGCUUGGGCCCUUGUGCCCGCAUGGGAGACCAGGAAGAAGCACCUGGCUCCUGGCUUCAGAUCAGCUCAGCUCUGGCUAUGGCGGCCAUCUGGGGGGUGAACCAACGGAAGGAAGACCUUUCUCUCUCUCUCUCUCACUGUCUAACUCUAUCUGUCAAAAAAAAAAAAAAAAAGGCUCAGAACUAAAACCAGAUUGGGCUGAUGGUCACUACAGCAGGGAGUUCUGCAUUGUUGGACAUACCACCUCCCUGUAAACUUCAGGGAGUGUCUCCAGGAAUAGGAGAUAACAAGUGAAACAUCAGUUUUGGAAACUUGGAGAUUUUCACAAAAAGAGAAUAAACCAAGGCAACCUAUGCUAAGUCCCCAGAGAAUAAAUGCUCCAGUUUUGCAAGCGCACAAGAGCUCUCCAGGACUGGAGUGGUCAGGGGGGGUUCUGUGGAGGAACAGUGACCUGAGGCAGGGUUUGGAGGCAGGGCAGGGGACAGCAGCACUUGCAGGCUGGGGAAGGGGGUGUGUUCCAAGGAGGCAUUCCAAGGCAGAGUUGCUGUAUGGGACUGUAUUUGGUAGGUCUGGGUGGUAAUCAGCAAAACUGCCUGCUUUCUGGAAGGUAGGUGUGGAGCAAUCAAGUUGGCGAAAUGUGGUGAUAAUCAGAAAUGCAGGGACGCUUGGUGGUUGGACCACAGAUUUGGGGCUAUGUUUUAGAUAAGUGACUUGAGCAAAACAGAUUUUGGGAAUAUGCAUUUUCCUAUAGUGUCUAAUUGGAAGUGUGUGUGUGUGUGUGUGUGUGUAGUAGGGAGCCUAGAGGCAGAGACUAGUUAAGCACACACACACACACACACAACCUUGGCAUAAAUCAAGGGGGGUAGGAGUGGAAAGAAAGUAUCAGGUGGAUGGUAAGAAAGAACCAGGACCUCAAGGCCAAGUAAGUCUUAAACAUGGCAUUUAUUUCUGUAAAUAAAUUAAUCAAUACAAUAUUAGAAUACAAGGCAGGAUGGCUGACCUAGUGAUUUGAGAGACCUUGUAUAUUUUAAUGAUGGAUUCGGUGCAGUAACUAUUUUUGAAUUUGCAUAUAUUUUUCCUUACUCUUCUUAUGACUUCAAAUCCCUCUUCGCCACAAUCCUUGGCUUUUCGUGUGAUUUCAGAUUCACCUCCGAAUAUGUUUGCGGAAGGCAGGCGGCGGCAGCAAGGCAAAGGUUGGGGAUGGUGGCCAGGAUGACCUCCCUCCCUUGCUAACUGCCAACCACGGAGAAAUGGGAGGCACGUGGCCAACUCUUGCUCCUUAGCAGGUCUAACUUGACCUUCAAAACUCCUUAGGACCUGCCGGUCUCCUGUGAGGGGCUGCAUCUUGCCGAAGACUGGCCAGCAGGGUCUCUCGCCCAGGCUGAAUGUGUGUGUGCGCACGCGUGUGUGAGUGUGCGGGCGCGCGCGUGUGUCUCGUGGCUCUGAGGCUGGAGUUACCCAAACAACACAAAAACACGAACAGGAAGCAGCCCCCUCAUCCCACGUCUUACCACAGCGAGCGGUUGAGUGAAGUCGAGUAAGGAAGGCUGGCUUUUGCCCUUUUAAAAUUCCAGGGCGGCGCGCGCGCACACACACACACCCCCACUCGGUCUUUCCCACUCCCCGCCACACUGCACCAGCCUCCCUCCCCAAGUCCUGAUUCAUGAACCGUGCCACCUUUGUUUCAUUUUAAACUGUGCAGACUAUUUUAAUCUUCCCACCCCCAUCCCAGAUUUUCCCCUCCCUGCCUCCUCUGGGAAGCUCUGAUGUAAAGCGCCCGCUAGGUGGGAGAGAGCUGCUCCCGAUCGGCUCGGGGAGGCGAGAUCCCAAGAAGCCCCCUCCCCGGGACCCCGAAGCCGGCGCGGGGGCAGCGUCUCGGCCCCUUUAAGGUGCCACGCUCUCCGAAGUGCGGGCGGGGAGCCCGGGAGCCGGCGCGGGGCCAGGGAGCCGGGUGGGGAAGUCCUGCCGCCCUCCCCCUCCGGUCGCAGCCCAGCCUGCGGGGCCCGCGCGCCCUCCGCCCACCGCGCACGGGCUGGCCAUGCGGCGGCUCUGAGCCAUGUCCUCCUCCUCCUACGCCAAGAACGGGACCGUGGACGGGCCGCAUUCCCCCACCUCGCAGGUGGCCCGAGGCACCACGACCCGGAGGAGCAGGUUGAAAAGAUCCGAUGGCAGCACCACUUCGACCAGCUUCAUCCUCAGACAGGGUUCAGCAGAUUCCUACACGAGCAGGCCGUCCGACUCCGAUGUCUCUUUGGAAGAGGACAGGGAAGCGAUUCGGCAGGAGAGAGAACAGCAAGCAGCAAUCCAGCUGGAGAGGGCAAAGUCCAAGCCUGUGGCGUUUGCUGUGAAGACGAACGUGAGCUACUGUGGCGCCCUGGACGAGGAUGUGCCUGUUCCAAGCACGGCCAUCUCUUUUGACGCCAAGGACUUUCUCCACAUUAAAGAGAAAUACAACAACGAUUGGUGGAUAGGUAGGCUGGUGAAAGAGGGCUGUGAGAUCGGCUUUAUCCCAAGUCCACUCCGCUUGGAGAAUAUCCGGAUUCAGCAAGAGCAAAAAAGAGGGCGUUUCCAUGGAGGGAAAUCAAGUGGAAAUUCUUCUUCAAGUCUGGGAGAAAUGGUAUCAGGGACAUUUCGAGCAACUCCCACAUCGACCGCAAAACAGAAGCAAAAAGUGACGGAGCACAUUCCUCCUUAUGAUGUUGUGCCGUCGAUGCGUCCUGUGGUGUUAGUGGGGCCGUCACUGAAAGGUUAUGAGGUAACAGACAUGAUGCAGAAAGCCCUCUUUGAUUUCCUGAAGCACAGGUUUGAUGGGAGGAUAUCAAUAACAAGAGUGACAGCUGACAUUUCUCUUGCUAAGAGGUCUGUCCUAAAUAAUCCAAGCAAGAGAGCAAUAAUUGAACGUUCGAACACCCGGUCCAGCUUAGCGGAAGUACAAAGUGAAAUUGAAAGAAUCUUUGAGUUGGCAAGAUCUUUGCAACUGGUUGUUCUUGAUGCAGACACCAUCAAUCACCCAGCACAACUUAUAAAGACUUCUUUAGCACCAAUUAUUGUUCAUGUAAAAGUCUCAUCUCCAAAGGUUUUACAGAGAUUGAUUAAGUCUAGAGGAAAAUCCCAAAGUAAACACUUGAACGUUCAACUGGUGGCAGCUGAUAAACUUGCACAAUGCCCUCCUAGUCAGCGAAUGAGGCACAGCAACCACUCCACAGAGAACUCUCCGGUUGAAAGACGAAGUCUAAUGACCUCUGAUGAAAAUUAUCACAAUGAAAGGGCUCGGAAGAGUAGGAACCGAUUGUCUUCCAGUUCCCAGCAUAGCCGAGAUCAUUACCCUCUUGUGGAAGAAGAUUACCCCGACUCCUACCAGGACGCUUACAAACCCCAUCGGAACCGAGGAUCACCUGGGGGAUAUAGCCAUGACUCUCGACACAGGCUCUGAGUCUGCUGAAACUAAAACAUACUCAUCUGUUGACAGUCUGCCAUAGCACUGCUAGGAUAACUCAAUCAUCUUACCUUGGCAAGCCAGCACAGAACUGCUGUGCUUAUGGGCUGUUGUCAUUUGAUGCUAAGUAAGGGGCAAAAACAAACAAACAAAAUGUACAUUAUGCCCUUAAUGCUAGACGGAUAUUAGAUGCCCAGUCAUAUAGAUAUUUUUAAGUGAAACAUUUACAUGAUAACAGUACCUUUUGUUUUCUUCAUAGAUUUAGACACAUCAAUUUGUAAUUUAGGGUACUUAUCAAGGCACAUAUAAAAUAAUAAUUUCCCAUGCUGGAAAUUCCAAAUGACCAGUUCCAGUUGGAACCAAUUUAUAAACCAAUUCCUGUUGGAAUUUGGGUGAAUUGACUAGAAAGUCUACUUGAGCAUGUUGCAAUCAGUUGAAAAAUCUGAAAAAAAAGGAUAAUUAAUAAAAAAAUCAAAAUGCCAAUAGAAGCCAAAACCAGGUAUGAUAUUUAUUUGCUGGAAGCUAAAUUAUUCUUAAUGUUGGAAUGUAUAAACAUUUUAACACGUUAAUGUUGCCAGAUGGCUUUUCAAACUUACCUACCAAAUGUAUUGAUAGUGCCAAAAAAAUCUCAGAAAUCUUAAUGCAGAAAUUAUAUAUUGUAGUCUCCUCAGAUUUUAAUAUUUUUAUUUCUCUCCUGGCACAGCUGUUGUAUUCAGAGUGUUUUGCUUUUUUGUUUAGUCAGUACUGUUAGCACAUUUGAAGUUGGCAAAAAAAAAAAAAAAAAAAAACUUAAAAAUUUAGUCAGGAUUAAGUGAG